AUGCGUUGCAUCACCCAGCUUAUAUGGCUUUUUUUCACUGUCUUCGUGAUCGACGCCCACAACAUUCUAUUACCGCCAAAUGGCAAGCAGUGUUUCUUUGAGAAGUUGAAGCAAAAUGACGAGCUAGCUGUCAGUUUCCAGGUUGGCAACAGAGACGCCAAAGCUACAGAGCAGUUGAGCUGCGAUUUCUGGAUCCACGACCCCAACAACAAGAUCUUGGUCACCAAAAAGGACGUCUCUCAUGGUGACGAAAGUAUCAUUGCUUCCACUAAUGGAAAGUUUGGCUACUGUUUCUCCAACGAAGGCCAGAGUAUCUCUACAAAGGAUGUCUCCUUCAAUAUCCAUGGUGUGAUUUAUAUUGAUGUUAACGACCCCAACGCUGACAAUUUGGAUGCUGCAGUCAAAAAAUUGGCUCAAUUAACAAGAGAAGUUAAAAACCAACAAGGCUACAUCGUUGUAAGAGAAAGAACCCAUAGAAAUACUGCUGAAUCAACCAAUUCAAGAGUCAAAUGGUGGUCUGUCUUCCAAUUACUCGUUGUUGGGAUAAAUUCUCUUUUUCAAGUUUAUUAUUUGAAAAGAUUCUUUGAGGUGAAAUCAGUUGUCUAA